ACUAGAAGGAGCUCUCCUCCUAUCUGAUAAUGGCGUAUAGCGCUGUCCCAGUGCUGGGCAUGCCUGACAGACUGACAGCAGUGACAGCCUGCCCACAGUAGUCGGCCCGUCUCCUGCGCUGAGGGCUCGCACCUUCUCGGGCAGUCAUGUUGGAGUCUGUGGUGGCAGAUCUGCUGAACAGGUUCCUGGGGGAUUACGUGGAGAAUCUGGACAGGUCCCAGUUAAAGCUGGGGAUCUGGGGGGGAAAUGUUUCACUUGAGAACUUGAAGAUUCGGGAAAAUGCCCUGAGUGAGUUGGAUGUGCCAUUUAAAGUAAAAGCUGGGCAGAUCGAUAAACUCAUCCUGAAAAUCCCUUGGAAGAAUUUGUAUGGCGAUGCAGUGGUUGCUACUCUGGAAGGUUUAUAUCUAUUAGUGGUACCUGGCGCAAGCAUGAAAUAUGAUGCAGAAAAAGAAGAACGACAUCUUCAAGAGGCAAAACAGAGGGAGCUGCUCCGGAUUGACGAGGCUCUACAGAAAGCUGCUGAAAAAGAUAAGCCAAAAGAGGAGAAGAAAGAUACUUUUCUUGAAAAGCUGGCGGCACAGGUUAUCAAGAAUCUGCAGGUCAAAAUCACAAACAUACACAUCCGAUAUGAAGAUGAUAUCACUGAUGUCAGUAUUCCAGUGUCUGUCGGAAUAACCCUGGCUGAGCUGAGUCUUCAGACAUCCAAUGAAUCCUGGACGCCAUGCAUACUAAAUGAAGCUGCUAAAAUUAUAUACAAGUUGGUACGUCUGGAUAGUUUCAGCACCUACUGGAAUGUGAACAGCAAAGUGUAUUACCAUCAAUCACGAGAAAAGAUCCUGGCUGAUCUGAAAUCUGGAGUUAUGUCAAGUAGUAAGCAGCCCUUAGACUACCAGUAUAUCUUUAAGCCAGUAUCUGCUUCAGCCAAGCUUUACAUGAACCCAAAUGCAGAACUUGAACUGCGAACACCCAAGUUAGACUGCAACAUGGAGGUUCAGCAUAUCGCAAUAGAACUAACCAAGCCACAGUACCUCAGCGUAAUUGACGUGUUGGAGUCUGUUGAUUACAUGGUUAGGAAUGCUCCAUACCGAAAGUUCCGACCAGUAGUACCUCUGAAAGCCGACCCCAACCAAUGGUGGAAGUAUGCAAUUACCAGCAUCUUGGAAGUUCAUGUUAGAAGAUCAAGGAUGUGGUCGUGGAGUAACAUUUUAAAACACAGGGAAAACCUAAAAUGCUACAAAAAUGCAUACAAGGCCAAACUCACCCAAACAAAAGUUCCAGAGGAAACGUUAAAGCAGAUACAGACAUUGGAAAAACCUCUUGAUGUAUGUAAUAUAAUUCUAGCUAGACAGCAAGCACAAGCAGAGGUAGUGCGGUCAGGUCAAAAGGUGCUGGCGAAGAAGGCUUCACAGACUGGAGAGAAGAAAGGUGGAGGCUGGUUUGCAGGAUUUUGGGGGAAGAAAGACGCAUCUAAGAAGGAAGACUCUGAAGAGCUUUCUGUUCCAGAAAAAAUUGAUGACUUAAUGACUCCCGAGGAGAAGAAGAAACUCUUUACUGCAAUAGGUUACAGUGAAAGCUCUUACAAUCUCAGUUUGCCCAAAACGUACGUUGCUCAUAUUCUGAGUUUCCAGCUGAUUAGCACCUCUAUAAUUAUCAGAGAAGAUGCCCAUGCACCAGAGACAUUGAAGGUGCAGAUAGUUGAUCUCAGCACUAAAAUAUACCAGAGACCAGGAGCACAGGCUAUAAAAAUACAGGCAAAACUGGACCACUGGUAUGUAACAGGUCUGAAACAGAAAAAUAUCGUUCCAUCUCUAGUGAGUAUGAUUGGCUCCAGUGAAUCAUCCCUCCUUAAGAUCCAGUUUGAAACUAACCCUGAAGACCACGCUGCUGAUCAAGUCCUAGCGGUGCAGUCCCAGCCUGUGGAGAUAAUUUACGAUGCUGCAACAAUAAACGCACUAGCAGACUUUUUCCAGACGCACAAAGGGAUGGAUUUAGAACAGCUGACUUCUGCUACAUUGAUGAAACUAGAAGAGAUUAAAGAAAGAACUACGUCAGGCCUUUCCCAUAUGAUUGAAACUCGGAAAGUUCUUGACUUGCAGAUAAAUCUGCAGCCAUCUUACCUGUUGAUCCCAAAGACUGGCUUCUAUCAUGAAAAGACUGACCUGAUCAUUGUGGAUUUUGGUAGUUUACAGAUUGAUAGUAUUAACCGAGACUCUCUCCCAACUGCCAGCUCUUCUUCACUGGAGGAGCUUAUGGAUAAAGCCUACGAUAAAUUUAAUGUACGGCUAAAAAAAGUGCAAAUGUUGUUCACCAAACCAGGCCAAAACUGGAAGACCGCUCGAGGGCUAAAUUCAUCACCUCUUCACAUUUUGCAGCCUCUAGAUAUUGAGUUGAAAAUUUCAAAGGCUAUGGUAGAGCGAGACAGUCGAAUGCCUAGGUUUAAGGUGUCUGGAGAGUUGCCAUUGCUGCGUAUGAAGAUCUCGGACUAUAAAAUCCAAGGUGUGUUUGAACUGGUUAACAGUAUUCCGCUUCCCCAGUCUCCGACUACUACCCCAACUACAAAGGAGAAAAAGAUUCCAAUUGUCCCAAUUUUGACUAUAAGACCAGAAAACCUUUUCAAAAGAGAUAUUGAGAAGUCAUUAUUCUUGGAGGAAGGAUCAUCAUCUGGCUCUGAUGAAUUCUUCGAUACAACAGAUGGUGGUUCAUCCCCAGUAAAAACUAAAUCCAUCCAGAAACGUACUUCAGAAACUGACAAACCCACUCCAGCUGAAGAAACCAGUCUUGAGGAACUCACUGAUCUUCAGCUCAAGUUUGAAAUAAAAGAAGUAACACUAGAACUGACUAAGCAGCAGGAGACCCAGGAGAAUACAAUCCUCCUCUUCAGUAUACUUCAACUGGGAACUGAAGCCUGUGUUAAGACCUAUGACCUUAGCGUUGUGUCAUACCUAAAGAAGAUCACGUUAGACUACUAUGAUGUUUCCGGUCUCCUCAAACAGCCUCUUCAUUUAAUCAGCUCUUCUGAUAAGCAAGGCUUGGAUCUGUUAAAAGUGGAAUAUGUUAAGGCUGACAAAAAUGGCCCUAAUUUUAACACUACAUUUGAGAACACAGAACAAACACUGAAGGUGGCCUUUUCAUCUAUGGACCUCCUGCUCCACUCUCAGGCCUUGCUGUCUGCUCUCCACUUCAUAACAGCAGCCAUGCCCAGCAUUGCUGAUAAGGCAGAGGUUGCCUCUGUACAGAAGCAACAGGAUAAAGAGACUUUUGUUAAGAAAGCAACAAAAGUCUCCAAAGAUAAGGACUUGGUCGCCUUCAAACUGUUUGCCAAGCUGGAUUCUUUAAGUAUGAAUAUGUGGAAUGAGAACAAUCAUAUCGCCGAAAUCAAAGUCUUGGGCCUAGACUCCUCUGUUUUCCUGGAAUCCAGCCAAAUAGAAGUGUUUGCCAGGUUGAAGGAUAUUGUUGUCAAUGACGUCAAUCCAAAAACCAUUCAUACAAAGGCUGUAAGUAUUGUGGGAGAUGAAGUCUUCAACUUCAAUUUGAUACUCUACCCGGAUGCUACACAAGGAGAUUCCUACAAAGAUGUAUCCAAGGUAGAUGGGAAGGUCUCCCUGAGAGUUGGCUGUAUGAGGAUAGUUUUCCUGAACAAAUUCCUUGCAUCCGUCAUGGACUUCCUAAACAACUUCCAGAUGGCAAAAGAAAAAGUGAGUGCAGCCACAGCACAUGCAGCGCAACGUGCAGCCACCAGUGUGAAGGAUUUGGCCGAGCGGAGUUUUCGACUAUUAAUGGAUAUUGACCUCAAAGCUCCAGUCAUAGUAAUCCCCCAGUCUUCCAUAUCGAACAAUGCCAUAGUGGCUGAUCUGGGCUUACUGAAAAUACACAACGCUUUUAGCCUAGUGUCUUCUGAAAGCCACCCAAUUCCCCCUAUUAUAGACUGUAUGACUUUAAAUCUCACCCAUUUCAAGUUGUCACGGGAAGUCCUGCAUACAAGUUCAGCCCAGUCAGACAUACAGAUCCUCCACCCAAUCAAUCUGUGUUUGUCUGUAAAUCGCAACCUUGCAGCUACAUGGUACCAUGAUGUUCCUAUUUUGGAAGUGAAAGGACAUCUAAAUACAAUGGAUGUCUCAUUGAGUCAGGAUGAUUUAAAUGUACUCUUCAAUGUCUUGGUGGAAAAUCUUGGUGAAGGUAAAGAAGGUGCUGCCGAUACAGAGCAGACUACAGAGAUUGUAAAACCUAAACAGGAGAGUGUACUCAGCACAUCCUCAAAGAAGGAAUUUGGUGAAAUCUCUGAGCCGGAAUCGGUAAAGUCCUUGUCUGAGCUGAGUCUUCUAAUUAAUUUUGAAAUUAAAAAGGUCAUGGUCCAGCUAAUGAAGCAGAUUAGGGGAAAUUCUUCUCCAUUUCAUGUCAUUCAGGCCUCACAGCUUGGAGCAGUAACACGGGUGGGGAACCAUGAAAUGACCGCAGCAGUAUAUUUACAAAAAUUCAGCAUGACAUGUAAUGAGUUCACAGGUCCCACAGGAGGACCCCUGCUUCUUAUUAAUUCCUCAGAUGACACUAAUCAACAUCUUCUGAAAAUGGAGUAUAUAAAGGCUGACAGCAAUGGGCCCGAUUUUAGAACUGUUCACAGCAGUACUCUGCAGACUUUGAGUUUUUCCAUGACUUCACUGGACUUGGUGCUCCACACGCAAGCAUUGCUAUCCUUAAUGAAUUUUCUAUCAGCUGCUCUUCCGUCUGCCGAGACCAAAGUGGCAGAGAGAGCUAAAGAAACCAAACCUGAUGCAGAAGGAGAGAAAAAUAUUGCCACUAAACCAGACCCUGUAUUGGGAACAUUCGAACAGGAUAUCAUUGACUUGAAGAUUUCUGCAACUUUAAAUGCCUUUAAUAUUUUUGUUUGUGAUGAAUCCUGCAACAUUGCCGACAUUAGGAUACAGGGUAUGGAUGCCUCUUUUACUGUGCAGGCCCAGAAGAAAGAUCUGUUUGCCCGUCUCCGUGAUAUUGUUGUCACUGAUGUAGAUCCUAAAACUAUUCAUCGAAAGGCUGUCUACAUCCUGGGAGAAGAAGUCUUCAACUUGCAGAUGACAUUGUACCCAGAUGCCACAGAAGGUGCUGCAUACACGGAUAUGUCUGCCGUAGACGGCAAAAUUUUGCUCCGGGUGGGCUGUAUUCACAUGGUGUAUUUACAUAAAUUUCUCAUGACUCUCUUGAAUUUUCUGAACACAUUUCAAACAGCCAAAGAGGCAGUAACCUCAGCCACUGCCCAGGCGGCAGAAAUAGCAGCAUACAGCAUGAAGGACCUAGCACAGAAAUCCUUCCGUCUCUCCAUGGACAUAAAUCUCAAAGCUCCUGUUAUCUACAUACCUCAGUCUUCUACCUCUACCAAUGUUAUUGUUGCCGAUUUAGGCCUUAUAAGAGUCCAGAACAAGUUUUCUUUAGUUCCUGAAGUCAAUUCUCCUCUUCCUCCGGUGAUCGAUAAAAUGGACAUUCAGCUAACCAAGCUGAAGUUAUCAAGGACAAUCAUUCAGAAUGGAUCUCCCCAACCGGAGCUAGAGCUCCUGCAGCCUGUAAAUCUGCUAGUCUCUAUGCAGAGAAACCUGUCAUCAUCUUGGUACUCUCAGAUACCAGCCAUGCAGAUUGAUGGAGACUUGAAGCCUAUGCAGAUUGCCUUGAGCCAAGAUGAUCUCACAGUCUUAAUGAGUGUCCUUUUUGAGAACCUUGCUGAAGCUCCAUCAAUUCCAAGUGCACCUCCGCCAUUUGAAGCUGUUAAAAGAGUUAUAAGAGAGACAAGCAUGUCUACUCAACAAGCAGAAAAAAUAGACUCUGAAAUCAGUCAAGAUUCCAGCGAUGAGACAACAGCUGUAACUCUGAAGUUUGGCUUCAAUUUUGAAUCCCUCUCCAUUGUUCUCUACAAUAAUGAUAAUAGUAAGGUUGCUACUGAAUGGCUUCAUAAUGAAAACCUGCGCCUGGGAGAGCUGAGACUACAUCUUCUGUCAUCCUCAGGAAACAUGAGGGCCGAUAGCUCAAUGGACUUUUCAUUUCAGCUUGAAACGUGCACUCUUGAUGAUCUUAGAGAGGGAGUAACCAGGGCCACGUCUAGAAUGAUUGACAAGAAAGACACCAGCACACGCAGUAUGAUUGAUAUAAACUACAAGCAAAUAGGACAAGAGAGUUUCAUCACCGCCAUCUUGGAUAAACUAUUUGUGUGUGCAAGUGUGGAAUUCUUGAUGACUGUAGUGGACUUCUUCAUUCAGGCCAUGCCUCAAACUCCAGCCACUGCAGAAAAACCUCUGCAGAUCCGUGCCAGGCCAUCCACUCCAACCAAGACAAAGUCAGACAGAGAAGAACUUUCAGCACCUAAGAAGAUGAAUUUGAAAGCACUGAUCAUGGAUCCUGAGAUAGUGUUUGUAGCCAGCCUUGCAAAAGCAGAUGCCCCCGCAUUAGCCGUGUCUUUCCAGGGUAACUUUACUCUCUCUGAUGUAAACUCUGAGAAGAAGUUGACUGCCAUAGUAAAAGAAUUCAAAGUCCUGGCCUGUCCGUUUCUUCGAGAACUAAGAGGCAAUAACAUCACUACGGUAAUACAGCCCUGCUCCUUGCUUUUGGAAAACACAACCUCUAUUACUGGUAGCCAGAAUGGAAGCCUUAAUGUAGAAGAAGUUAUCAUAAAGAUUUCACCCAUCACUUUAAAUACUGUGCUGACCAUCAUGGCAGCUUUAAAACCACAGCCAAAGGACAAUGAAGAGAAGGGACAAUCAGUUGAACACAAGAACAUAUGGGACAUAAGAACCACCGACGACUGCAAGAACUGGUUCCUGGGAGUGGAUUCUUCCCAUGAGGCAGCAGAAUGCUUUCAGAACCCAGAGUGCCCCUUGAAGGAAGAGAACUUUGGUUUAGAGGUUAAAGCGGUGCAGGUGACACUUGAGUGUGGUCUGGGACACCGCACAGUCCCCUUGCUGUUAGUGGAGUCUACAUUUGAAGGAGCUGUAAAAAAUUGGACAUCUUCCAUGUGUGUGACUGCUGACACUACACUUGAGGUUCAUUAUUAUAAUGAAAUAUUUGCCGUAUGGGAGCCACUUAUUGAACGAGUGGACAAUGGAAAGCGCCGAUGGAAUCUGAAGCUUGAGAUGAAGAAUAACCCAGUUCAGGAUAAAAGUCUUCUUCUUCCUGGUGAUGACUUCAUAGUAGUUCCAGAGCCUCAGUCUGCGGUUAACAUUACUUCUAAGGACACCAUGAAUAUAACCAUCUCUAAGUGUACUCUGGGCGUCUUCAGCAAUCUGGCCAAGGCUUUUUCUGAGGGCACUGCUUCUGCCUUUGACUAUUCUUUCAAGGACCACGCCCCGUUAAUAGUCAAAAAUGCACUUGGAGUCCCCUUUAUGCUUCAGCAUGGGGCAAAUCUGCGGCUGUUUGGAUCUUCCGCUCAUGAGCGCAUACACAAUGUGAAUGAAGGGCAGUGCUUGGAGCUUGAAUUUGCAUCCGUAGAGCCUCUGCAUCGGGGGAGGCUAUCAGCACUGCAUCGUCAGGAAAGCAGCCUUUUUACACUUGGCAUAGUUCCACAGGGAUACACUGAGAUAGCAAAUAUCCCAGUUACAAAGCCAGCGAGGCGGCUUUAUAAUGUGCGCAGUCCCCUACUAGAGAAUUGUGUCUCCAUUGUUGUACAGAUUGAUGCAACUGAGGGGAACAAAGUUCUUUUCGUUAGAUCACCGCUUCAGAUCAAGAACCAUUUCUCAGUUCCAUUCACUGUAUAUAAAUUUGUGCAAAAUGUCAAGUUGCUAGAGGCUAUUGGAGUUUGUAAACCAGAUGAAGAGUUCCACGUUCCGCUACAUUCGUACAGAUGCCAACUAUUCUUGAAGCCAGCGGGUGCUCUAGCUGGGCAGUUUAAAGAGUCUACAACCUAUAUUAUGUGGAAGGAAAUGCUGCACAGGAGCAGUGAAGUUCAAUGUACACUUCAGUGUCCGUCCACAGAGACCAACUUUCUGCCUCUUAUCGUGAAUUGCACAGCAGUGCCUGAUGAGAUCAAUUUUAUCACCAGUAAUGGGGAAAAGGACUGGGACCCAGCUUACAUAAUUCAUCUUUACCCCUCACUGACCAUUAGGAACUUGGUACCUUACUCACUGAGAUACCUGCUUGAGGGAACAGCAGAAGCGCACAUGUUACCAGAGGGAAGCUCUUGUGAUGUCCUGAAUUGUCGAAUCAGUGGUGAAAUCAUGGAACUUGUCCUUAUCAAAUAUCAGGGCAGAAACUGGAACGGUCACUUAAGGGUUCAUGAUGGUCUCCCUGAAUUUUUCCCUAUAUGUUUUACGGCUGAAACCUCUGAAGUUAUGACAGUGGACCUCUCUGUGCACGUAAAACGCAUUGGAAACCGCAUGAUCCUCUCUGUCUUUUGUCCAUAUUGGAUUAUUAAUAAGACAUCACGCAUCUUACAGUACCGCGCAGAAGACAUUCACGUCAAACACCCAUCAGACUAUAGAGAUGUGAUACUUUUCUCUUUCAAGAAGAAGAACAUCUUCAGCAAAAACAAGAUCCAGCUGUGUAUUUCCACAAGUUCCUGGUCAUCUGGAUUUUCCCUGGAUACAGUAGGAAGUUAUGGUUGCGUGAAAUGUCCUGCUGGUAAAAUUGAAUAUUUGGUUGGAGUGAACAUUAAAAUGAGCAGUUUUAAUCUGACACGGAUUAUUACCAUGACUCCAUUCUACACCCUCGUCAACAAGUGUGGACUGGAGCUUGAAGUGGGAGAGGUUGAAGCCGAUGGGUCAUUGCCAGAUCUAAAAUGGCACUAUGUUUCAUCAUCUGAGUGUGUGCCAUUCUGGCCAGAAAAUGUCUCUGGGAAGUUAUGUGUCCGAGUGAUUGGCUGUGCUGGAACAUCUAAACCCUUUUUCUUCAACCAGCAGGAUAACGGCACUUUGCUUGUUAUUGAGAGUAUGAAUACAGGACUUCUGGUGGAUGUCAGCAUCUCGGAUCACUCAAUAGUAAUUCAAUUCUCAGAUUACUAUGAAGGAUCUGCCCCUGCACUGAUCAUGAACCAUACCGCUCGAGCUGAACUGACAUAUAGUCAGAGUGGUAUUGAAGGCAUUGACGAAGAAAUGGUACUUUUACCUGGUGAAACAAGGCUGUUUGCAUGGGCGGAUCCAACUGGCACAAAAAAACUGGUGUGGACAUAUAGCCAAAGCAAGGGGGAGCUGGACCUGUUGAAGGAUGAAAGUGGUCAGUUUGCUUACAGUCCUGAGAUUCAGAUUCAUUGGGUGUCAUUCCUUGAUGGACGCCAGAGAGUCCUGCUUUUCACAGAAGAUGUGGCUUUAGUGACAAAGGCCCGCCAGGCUGAAGAAAUGGAGCAACCAGAUCAGGAAAUAAAUAUAUCCAUCCAUAGUUUGGGGCUUUCUCUGAUCAACAAUGAGAGCAAACAAGAAAUCUCUUACAUAGGCAUCACAAGCUCAGGUAUUAUCUGGGAACAAAUGCCAAAACAGAAGUGGAAACCCUUUAACCAGAAGCAGAUUCUUCAGCUAGAGCAAGCCUAUCAGAAAUAUGUUACUGGAGAGCAGAGCAGAUGGACCAAAUUAGAUUCCAGCUUUGAGGUCAACUUCAGCUGUAUGGAAAUGCGCUUGCCAAUUAAAUGCAAAAUAAGGAGAAAUUUCCUCUCCGGUAUCCAUAUAGAACUGAAGCAGUCUCCACAUCAGAGAAGUUUACGAGCCCAACUAUACUGGUUACAGGUGGAUAACCAGCUACCUGGUUCUAUGUUCCCGGCAGUCUUCCAUCCUGUUGCACCUCCAAAAUCCAUUGCUUUAGACUCUGAACCAAAGCCAUUUAUUGAUAUCAGCAUCAUCACAAGAUUUAAUGAAUUUAGCAAAGUCAUGCAGUUUAAGUACUUCAUGGUACUGAUACAAUGUAUGGCGCUAAAGGUAGACCAAGGCUUCCUUGCAGCAGUCAUGGGGUUGUUCACCCCCUCCAGCCCUCCAGAAGUUGAGAAACAACGAACAAAGCUAAUCCAGAAAGAUCUAGAUGCUCUAAACACAGAGUUGAUGGAAUCUUCCAUGACCGAUAUCACCCCUCUGAGCUUCUUCGAACACUUCCACAUAUCUCCUGUGAAGCUACAUUUGAGCCUCUCGCUGGGAUCUGGAGGAGAAAAGUCAGACAAAGAGGAUAAUGAAAUUGUUGCCAUCAGCUCAAUCAACCUCCUUUUAAAAAGCAUUGGAGCUACUCUUACUGAUGUGGAUGAUCUAAUUUUCAAGCUGGCUUGCUUUGAAGUAAGGUACAAGUUCUACAAGCGGGAUCAGCUUAUGAAACUUGUUGUCCGACACUACAGCGAGCAGUUCUUAAAGCAGCUUUAUGUCCUUGUCUUAGGCCUGGAUGUCUUGGGAAACCCCUUUGGGCUAAUAAGAGGACUAUCAGAAGGAGUGGAGGCUUUCUUCUAUGAACCCUUCCAAGGUGCUGUGCAGGGUCCUGAGGAGUUUGCAGAGGGCUUGGUGAUUGGUGUGAAGAGCCUCCUUGGGCAUACAGUAGGAGGAGCUGCUGGAGUUGUUUCACGCAUCACUGGGUCAGUGGGCAAGGGACUGGCUGCCAUCACCAUGGAUAAAGAGUAUCAGCAAAAGAGGCGAGAAGAAAUGGGCAGACAGCCAAAGGAUUUUGGAGACAGCCUGGCCAAGGGAGGCAAAGGAUUUUUACGGGGUGUAGUGGGAGGAGUGACUGGAAUAAUUACAAAGCCAGUGGAAGGAGCCAAGAAAGAGGGAGCUGCUGGUUUCUUCAAAGGAAUAGGAAAAGGACUUGUAGGUGUUGUGGCAAGGCCUACAGGUGGAAUUAUUGACAUGGCAAGCAGCACCUUCCAGGGAAUACAGAGAGUAGCGGAAUCUACAGAAGAUGUUUCUCCACUUCGCCCUCCUCGUUUUAUCCAUGAAGACGGGAUAAUUAGACCUUACAUUCGGAGCGAAGCACAGGGUCUGGACUUAUUUGAGAAUUCAAAUCUAAAAAAAAUAGAUGGCGAAAUCUACAGAUACUGCCUGCCUUUAAGUAAGACUAAGAAAGAGAACCUUGUGGUCACCAACAGGAGAAUUAUGAGUGUUAAAGAAGUGGAAAUUUUGGGACACAGAAGCAUAGACUGGGACUACCCUUUUGAAGAUUUUAUCCAGCCACCAACCGUGGAAGAGAAUGUACUGAAUCUCUAUGUAAAGGACCACAGCCUUAUAGUAUUUCAGAAGAGGGAAAACGGUAAUCAUGAAGUCAAGAAAAGAAUAACUCUGCCAAGCAAUGCCAGUGCUCAGGAGGUUCUCAAAGCGCUAGAUGAGGCUCGAACAAGUCGCCAUCAACAAACCUUAGUGAGACAGAAAUCCGAGAGGUUUAUCAAGCAGUAUAGCAGCUAAAUGUCUUUAUGCUUGGUCUAUGAUCUAUUAUCCUUCAUGCUUGAUCCAUUUACAUUAUUUUGCACUAUGUGUUACUUGUUGCAAAUAUUCCUCCGUGCAGUUUGUACAUUCUCUCUAGUUUCAUCUUAUGUCUUCCUUGUUUGAGUCAAGACAAGACCCAACUUCCAUGUACUGGGAGAGAUCACUAUCAUGUCCAUAUGUAAAGUUAAGGUGUAAACCGUCCAAUAUAGAAUUUUUCAAGCAUGUGAUUUAUUGAUUCGUGUAAUUUUUCUAAGAAAUGCCACUGCCUUCAUUGAUCUUUAUAUAAAAAUGUGUUCAACAAAAUAAAGAAAAUU